AUGGCAUCAGCUGCCUCAGCGUCCCUUGUCAAGUAUGUCCUGUCGGUUCCUGCCCUGGACUGGACCGACCCAUGCAAGGCCACGGGCAAAUACAGCAAGGCGAGUAAGUAUGCGAAAAAGGAUGAGAAGGGUUCCUGGGAAGAGCCCCGCGCUGCUGCGGGAGAUUCCAAGCCCGUAUCCGAGAGCAGCAAGAUCGAAGACCAGGCUGUUUGCAUGCCUUCGGUACCUUUGAAAGGGGUCGGCGCCGAGGCGAUCUCUGUUCAAGUGUCGGUGCACGACAAGAACCGAGACGAAGACCCGCACACCACGCUCAUGCCUCCUAGGGAAGAAGAGUGUCUUCCCGAGACGAUCGCAGAAUCCAGGCUGACUCGCUUGACACACCGAUUGACGGACCGUUCGACAGGCCUUGAGGAGAAGAGAACCAAACAGUCCGAGUAUGUGCAGAAAGCAGACGGCGUCUUGAGAGAAGUUUGCAAGAAAAAGAAGGCCGACCCCAUACUUACCAUCAAGCGCAGCUGGCAGCGCGUGGCGGCGUACUCUUUGGCGGCGAUGUUCUGCAUGUUCCCCUGCGUGAAGCUCAUGGUGAUCCCUUGCUUGGUCUACACGUAUGGCUGGAAGCCGCGACAUUUGGUGGAACGAAGGCCAGUGUUGUUGGUGGUUGAGGCAUGCAUAUGGCUUAACCUACUUCUUCAAGGCGGAAUGGAAGUCUAUCGUGUUUUCCAGUACUACUGGGCCGUAGAGUCUGGACUGGAGCUGCGCAUCAUCAUUGGGCAGGUGCAGCUGGAGCAGCUGGCCGCCAUCACCACCUUGGGCUCCGUCGUCUUGUGGCGCAUCCUCAGGGUGCACAUCGUCGAGGUGCGGGCGCACGUGUACUGGCACAAGGUGAAGGCCGAAAAGGUGCUCCCUCCCUUGGCUACAGAUGUUCUGAGGAAGCUCCGACAUGGGUUUCCUGGGCCAUGGGAAGGCAAAGACAAGGAGUCGGGGGAGACCCGGCUGCCCCCGAUGAACUUCAGUCAGGUCCAGCAACACCCGACAAGAGUUGACAAGAUGCUGGCAGUGUGCUCGGCAGCUGUCAUGGGUGUAGGCAUGUGGUAUCUGUACGCCCAGCUCGAAAAAACCAGCCAGCUGAAGUUCAGCCUCUUCCCAAUAGGUGACUCGUGGAUUAACCUGGACGUAUCCAUGGCCAUUACUGCCGCGCUGACAACCUUCAGCUGGUACAAGACCAUGUGCGGAAUUUUUGGUUCGGUCAGAUCCAUGAAGGCAAACAGGAGUCAGCUGCUACUCUUCUCGGCUGCAGCUACCAUCUGCGAUCUUGACGAACUGUCAGCCUGCGAGCGCGACUAUUUAAGGGAGGAGCUAAAAGACUUGAUCACCCGAGAAAUGUUGGAGAAGCCGGCGUCUAAGGCCGGCGAAGUCCUUCAUGCGCACCCCUGGCUUGCCAGCCUCUGCAUGCGCUGGCUUCCUGAGGAGGAUCGCAGCAUCCACGAGCACAACCAAGACAUCUUGCGCCAGGUGGAGGAGGAGCUGAAUGAAGAGAACGGGCUCGAGACGAUUCUACCCGAAGCCUUGGAAGAGCAUCUGGACCUCCAUCAGCUCGACUUGCUGGAUCCGCAAAACCUGCAGACCUGGUGGAAUCUGCGGGAACACCUCCUGGUCGAUUUCCAAGACGAGUCCGCAAUCAUGGAUGCAUGUGGGGUCAUUGUGGCGUGCCUGCUGGUUGGCUUCAUCUUCAGCGCCAUGGUCGAGUGGUCCCUUUCCGGAAAUCCGCUGUCGCCCGCCUUCGUGAUCAUCAUGACGCUCUCCUUCUUCCUUAUUUUCGCCGUCUACAAGGUCUUCGAGGCGUGCAUCGAGAUCAACACGAUCCUUGGCCGAGAUCUGAAGGUCCUGGCCGACGCAACGGUCGCGGCUCAAGAGAAGCUGUCGGAAUUGGAAAAGGCGGAGCUCUUCGAGGAUGCGGACAUCGCUCCUGCAUACAAGGCUGGCCUUUCCAGGGCCAGCAGCAUGCUGGAUGCAAUGCAAAAGAGAUUGGUCACAGAUGAUGAGAGGCAGCAGCUUUUGGGCUUUACCGUGAAUGCCAACAUGCGUAAUGGAUGGGCUCUCUCCCUCCUGAUCACAAGCCUCAACUGGGCUUAUGGAUAUCUCCGACCUGCUUUCACCAAUCUCGAUGUCGAGAAGAUGCAAGAGCUUCUGCGGAAUAUCACAUCGGAUUAG